AUGAGCGUCCUCCUCGAAACCUCGGCAGGCGACAUUGUCAUCGACCUCUUGGUUGACUAUGCUCCCAAGCUAUGUGAAAACUUCCUGAAGCUCUGCAAAAUCAAAUACUACAAUUUCUCCCCAGUCUACAACGUACAAAAGGACUUUUCCUUCCAAACAGGCGAUCCUGUCGGUCCGGACUCGAAAGACAGCGACGGAGGAACAUCGAUAUGGGGGCAUAUCGGUGGAAAUGCGAAGAGGACUUUCCCAGCCGAGAUACAUCCCAAAUUGAAGCAUGCCGAACGAGGGACUGUUAGUAUGGCUACAGUUCAAUCACAAAGAGAUCCAGAUGAACGACUGGCGGGCAGUCAAUUCAUCAUUACACUGGGCGAUAAUUUGGACUUUCUCGACGGCAAGGCUGCAAUCUUUGGCAAGGUGGUUGAAGGAUUUGAUGCGCUCGAGAAAAUCAACGAAGCAUUCUGCGAUGAGAGAGGCCGACCUCUCGUAGACGUACGGAUUAAGCACACAGUCGUUCUCGAUGAUCCAUACGAUGAUCCUCCAGGACUGGUUGAACCACCUGAGAGCCCUCUUCCAACCAAAGCGCAACUUGCUACUGUUCGCAUUGGCGAGGACGAUAACCUGGAGGAGGAGAAUGAUGUGGCAGCAAUUGAGAAGCAACGGCGAGAACGUGAAGCAAGGGCUCAAGCGCUGACCCUCGAAAUGGUUGGAGACCUUCCGUUUGCGGAAGUGAAACCCCCCGAGAACGUUCUUUUUGUAUGCAAAUUAAACCCUGUUACAACUGACGAGGAUCUUGAACUCAUAUUCAGUCGAUUUGGCAAAAUCCUAUCCUGCGAAGUAAUCCGCGACAAACGGACCGGCGACAGUCUCCAAUACUCCUUCAUCGAAUACGAAGACCAAGCCUCUUGCGAACAAGCCUACUUCAAAAUGCAAGGCGUCCUCAUCGACGACCACCGCAUCCACGUCGACUUCUCGCAAUCCGUCUCCAAACUCUCUGAUUCCUGGCGGACAGCCACGAAUUCCAAACGUCGCCAAGGCGGUGGUGGAUUCGGUGGUGUCAGCGGAUUGGAGAAGAAACGCCAGUACAAAGCUGCGGAGUAUGGUGGUGGCAGUCGUAGGGAUCGAUAUGGAAUGGUGUAUGAUGAGGAGGAGAUGCGGAGGAGGCAUGAGAGGGAGGGGAAAUAUGAUUCGGAGAGGAGGGAGAGGAGUCGGAGCCGGAGUCCGCAGCAGGAGAGGAGGUAUCACGAUGAUGGGGAGAGGAGAGGCGGGGGACGGGAUAGAGAUGGGAGAGAUCGUUAUGAUGAUAGGGAUCGUGAUAGGAGAAGGGGUGAUGGGUAUAGAGGUAGAUGA